AUGGUGCCUCUCUGUUUCCUCCCGGUUCUUUUUGCCGCUUUGACCCCGAAACAGGAAGAGAAGAAGAAGAAGAAGAACCGACAGGAAGAGGACGAAGACGAGUUUAAACGAGGAGAUCUGCUGGAGGUCCCACGCACACUCUUCAUCCACUUUGGGAUCUACCUGGGAGGAGGCAGAGUGGCUCACUUCAUCCCUGACAUUAUGCCUGUGAUCAGCAGUGACCCAAAGAAGAUCCAGAAGAUGGUGACCAACACCAGACUCAUCUUAGGCGUCCUCCUCAAGCGCGGCAGUGUACGAGUCGACUCUGUGGAGGACUUCGCCUACGGGUCUGAAAUCCUCGUCAACCCCACAGACAAGGUCUGCAGCAGUCUUCCUCCUCUGGACCCAGAGGCAGUGGCUCUGAGGGCCGAGCGGCUCCGGGGACAGGUCCCUUACAGCCUCCUCUGGUUCAACUGUGAGCACUACGUCAUGUACUGUCGCUACGGCACCAGCAUGAGCUUCCAGACCUUCCAGUUCUGUAAGACGGUCCGAAGCCUGGUGCUGAGUCGGGCCGUUGCCAAGGUGACGUGGCUGCUGGGGGCGGGGCUUGUGCUGUACCUUCAGGCUGCUCUGAGCCCCUACACGCUCCUGCUUUUACUCCUGAUGCCCUUCCUCGUCUGGAUGGCCUCGUGACAUUAUUCCUGUAACAGACACAAAUAUUAAAAAUAAUCAAAUAAACUUC